GAUCGCGAAAGAAGAAGAAGAAGAAGAAUCGCAUGUCGCGUGGAGAGGUGGGGUGCGAGUGUGUGACGAGUGCGACGAGUACGACGAGGCCCGCGUUCCUGGCGGCCGGUUGACGCCCGAUUAUUUCUUUGCGACGCUAUGCGCUCUCACUCGCCCGAUCAGCUGGCCGGCUCUAAGCGCGACUUUUCGUCGUGCGACUCCAGGCCACUGAGCCCGUCCAAGAAGCCCUUUCUCACCUUGGACUUGAACAACUCGGACGAGUGCUCCAUCGCCAAUUGCGUCAACCCGCAGCACCUCCACAAGGACUUCUUCCCGCCUGACUGCCCUGCCCAGCACUGUCUGAGGCAGUGUGACAACCUUCCACCUACUCAACAUUGCUCCGCGCCAUGCUAUGACGACGACGCCUGCGCUCACCUGCAGCUCUGCGAGGACCCGGACUGCCAGGAGCCUCAGUGCUUCGACGAUCACUGUAACGUCGAUGCCUGCACCAGCCCUGGCUGCCAGACUCCUGCCGAUUGCCAUGGCGACACCGUCUGUCUCGAGCCGCCAUGUCCGCAGGGCAGUUCGUGCGAGCAGACCAACUGCAUACCGCCCUCGCAUGUCGACGACCCCAUACUCCAGUCUCUGUAUAACGACCUUGACGGUCAUGGCCAGGGCUGCCACUGGGCCUCUCAAGUCCUGCCGCAUCAGGACCAAGGCAUGCCCUAUCACGGCCACGGUCAUGGAUCCGGUCAAACCAUUCCUCUCUGCUCCAACGAUUACCUGUCCACAGAUCCUGCCUGCUCAAUGUCGGGUCAAGCUUUUCAAAACUGCUUCUAUCCCAGCGAUUGCAACUUGAUGCAGUACAACCACAUCAACAACUGUGGCUAUGGGGCGCCGACGUGCUACGGCCCAUUAAUCCAAACGUGCAAUGGCGGAGUUCCAACUCACGAACAGUUCGGAAACCCACAACAAAAUGUGCUGGGCCAGUGCGUCUCGAACCCAGGCGUCUCCCAGAGACAGAUACUCAUGCGCCACGCGCCUCCAUCGUCGUCACGCACGGUUGGGUGUACUCCUAAUCCGGGCAACGUCGCGGCAAGUUCGGCGUCUUCUGCCAUUAAUUUCAAUUUCAAUUAUUUUUCCCACAGAGACUGCUUCGAGCAGCCAAAGUUGACGGACCAUCUCGAUUCAUGCGGGACGUCUCUGCCUCUUCAUAGCUCAAACAAGAAAGCGGGAGUCGGGUUGGGUAGAGGUACUGAGGCCAUCAAGUUCAAGUCGGAGCCUACCAUCGAUACCGAAAUCAGCUCUACGUCGGAGGCCUCAAUGGCUCCACUGUUUGUCGAAGGCAGCGUCCAUGUCUGUUCGUGGGUCAUACUCGAAGAUGACGGGAAGCAGUGUCCUCUUCUCUGCAACAAGACAUUUGGGUCGUCAAAGGAUCUUGCAGAGCACAUGAAGGAUUGCCAUACCGAGGGGAAGGACGGCAAGUACUGUUGCCAAUGGCAAGGGUGCACUUCCGGAACGGAUUUCAAGCAGUCUGGAAAGCUGGCCAGGCAUUUUGCAAUACAUUCAAAAUACAAGCGAUUCCAGUGCGAAUGGUGCGAGAAGAGCUUCAACACAGCGCAGACGCUCGAGAAUCACACCAACACGCACACGGGAUCACGACCCCAUCGCUGCCAGUAUCCAGGUUGCGAGUACGCAGCGGCCACGGGCACGCAGCUCAAGGGCCACAUCAAUGGCAAGCACAAGCAGGAGAAGCGGUUCCAGUGCAAGCUUUGUAGCUUCUGCUGCACGGACUCGUCGAACCUGACGAAGCACGAGAACGGCGUGCACGGGGUGAAGGAGUACCGGUGCCUACACCCGGGGUGCGAUUUUGAUAAGACGAGUGAGUGGAGCACUAUUAGGAAGCACUUCAAGGAGACGGGCCAUUGCGCGGACUUGCUAGAGAGCAACAGCGCGGCACAGAAGAAGUACAAGAAGGCGGCGGUGGUCAAAGACCAGGCCGGGGUCAUGGCGAAUGGACGGCGAGCGCCGAUCAGCCGGAAUCGGACGAAGCGGAGCGAGAGCGAUGCGUAGGAUGAUACUCUUACAGAUGACGGCCUAGAGAGAGGGGGGCAAAGAGAGAAAAAAAAGUGGCUUUGUUAAAGCGAUGGUGUUUGUGGCGUUGUUAUUGCUUGCUUUAUUUUUCUUUUAGCUAGAUACCU